UGGGUAAGCAUUGCCUACUGGAAUGCUGAUAGACUUUUGGACGAAUGGAAUUUGUCAUGGUUACCCUCGCCAGCGUGAGCGUGCCAAAAGCAAAGCCCCUCCAACGGUGUGUGCCCCACUUGCCCAGGGCGUCAAGAAAACUCCAAGAUAGCCAAAAAGUGUUCAUUCUCCCCUUUGAGCCUUAGUUUCUUUGGUCGGAAGCAAUUCAUGUGGUCCGACAGGUGCGUCCGUCUAAUGCUUAGGUCUCCACUCCUGUCGCCUGGCCAGUGUCAUAGCACCAACGAUCGAUCUCGGCGUCGGCUCCUUAAAUUUUCUUUUGUUAGUAGGGCAGAUUCAUAUCAUGUGUACUCCAUAUGUGCGCGUGGAUUGAUUGUCACAUUUUCAUCACUGGCCUAUUACCCGGUGGAGUUUAGCCUCGUCGUAAAUGCAAGGUAGGCGGUUCCCCUUGCCCUUCCAACCUCCUGAGAGCUACCGUCGAUCGUGUGGUCGGUUCCAAGGCUUCUUCCCCAUGCUUGGGAGUCUGCCUGCCAAGACGAUUGAUUUUCUUAUCCUACCCGUCUGUCUCCUUGCAAAGAAUGCACAUUAUCCGACUGUCGCGGAAAUGAUCCAUGGUUGCUGAUUGGCGUCUGUUUACAUGGCAUACAUACCUCCCGUUGGAAUGAAAGUAUAUCCCAGGUCAAACCACGUGCGCCAAUGUUGACGAGAGGAAUUAGCAGCAUCGGGAAGAGCCCGAUAAUCCCAGUCACAAAUUUCCAAUAAGCACCUUACUCUUACCAGCCAAU